AUGGCAAUGCAUUCGCUAAGGUCGCCGUCGAGGGCAACCAGGCUCGCAUCAUUGGCCGUAGUUGCUCUUAGGAGGCCAUAUUCGUCUGCGACGGUAUCCCCCCUCAGCUUCGACCUCCAUGAGGCCCCUCGAGGUGAGGAGAAAGGGAGUCCAAUCAUUUUCAUGCAUGGUCUUUUCGGCUCCAAGAAGAACAACAGGACCAUGAGCAAGGUCCUUGCCCGUGACCUGGGAAGAAAUGUUUAUGCUUUGGACAUGAGAAAUCAUGGGGAUUCGCCGCACCAUGAGCGUCAUGACUAUGCUAUCAUGGCCGACGAUGUUGCGCGGUUCAUGGAUGAGCAUAAGCUGGAGGACACAACUCUCAUCGGCCAUUCAAUGGGAGCCAAAACCGCCAUGGCGUUUGCACUCAAUUAUCCUAGUAGAACACAAAAUAUCGUUGCGGUGGACAAUGCCCCGAUAGAUGCACCCCUGCUGAGGAGCUUUGGGAAAUACGUCCAAGGGAUGAAGAAAAUUGAGCAGGCUGGCUCUCUUGUCAUCAGACAAUUUCUCCUUGGGAAUCUGCAUCGUCCUCCAAACGAGAAGACGCAGAAAUUCAAAUUCUCCUUGAAAACAUUGGCUCUCUCCCUCGGUCAUCUAGGCGAUUUCCCAUACAGAAAUCCUGACGAAGUCCGCUUUGAAAAGCCCGCCCUAUUCGUUCGGGGCACCCAAAGCCCGUAUAUUCCAGACGAAGCUAUUCCCAUCAUUGGGCGCUUCUUUCCUCGAUUUCGACUGGUCGAUAUUGAUUCCGGCCACUGGGUCAUUGCAGAGAAGCCCGAGUUAUUUAGACAAGCUGUCGUAGAGUUCCUUGGCGAAGACAAGGAGAAUUAG